AUGGUAGACUCAGCAGAUUCAACAAGUCCUUUCAGUGCAUACUAUUCAAACAAAGAUGAUUGGGAAAUAUACAAUAAUUCUGUUCUUCCACUUAUACGCAAAGGUAAUCAUGAGUAUUUUGAGAUUGCAGGAAAUCAUGACCUGAUGAAUGUCAAAAGCUUUAAUUCUCCAGCUAAUUACUACAAAUACUAUGUAUCAGAAAACGAAACAGAUCUCUAUGCAAGAAAAAUUGUACUUAAUACGACUCACGAAAAAUAUAACGUAAUUUUAUUCAAUCCAGUCACUGUUCCAUUUCCAUCAGCUUUACUUGGAUGCAUGCCAUAUGUAGCCAAAGCUCAAAUGGAUAUGAUUGAGCAACUAUAUGAACCUAACGUAUCUACAAUUUGGGUAUGUCAUUAUCCACGGCAGUACUUGAGAUCAGCGAAGUCCUACAAAGGCAACAGUUUGCAUGACUUACUUCGCGAUGGAAAAUUAUACAUCUGUGGCCAUGCACAUCCAGAAGAACCAAUGUUAUUCCAUAUUGAUGGAUAUUUAUCCAUCGUUGCUACAGCUCUGUUAAGAAAGAGUACAGCGAUACUGUAUACUGUUGACAAUGGCGCAAUCAAUGCACAUAUCUUUGAUAGCAUGGAAGAACAAAGUUUAUUCAUAACUUAUCCGCAAAUCAAAAAACAAGUGUCAAAACAUUCGGUUUUUAACCUCAAUGACUUCCCUGUGAGGGUUAUAGCUGUCAAAGAUAAUGAAUGGGUUAAGGUGAGAAUAGAUGGCGAGGAAUAUGGUAAUAUGACGUUUAUUAAUAGAACAGACAGAAAUCAUUCAUUUUAUUCUUUGGAUGUUCACGUGGAGAAUGGUGAACAUACAUUAGAAGUGUAUGAUAACAAUGGAUAUUCAGAAGAAAUUGAGUUUUUCGUUGGUGAAAAAUCAAAAAGAUUUACUGAACGAAAAUUGCGUAUUCAUAUACCAAUAUUCUAUUUUAUAGUAACACCUGGCAUUGUUAUCUUCUAUCUGUUAAUGUUAUUACCAUUUUGGAAAUUAUUCCCAGCACAAUUGAAAGAAAUUGAUGAUUAUAUUGAUAAUCCAGACUCAGAAAUGAACUUCUUUAAGGCUUCCUUGUUAUCAUUCUUGUAUGUGUUUUGUAGAUUCAGAAAAGUUCCAAUUUGGAUUAUAAUUCUACUCUUAGUUUUUGUUUUGAUUCUAUUUGUUAUACCGAUUUGGAUUCAAAGAGUUGAAAGACAAAUCAAAUGCGUUGUUUUCAUUUGGGGAGCUUAUAUGGAAGGACAUUUGGUUUAUUUUGUUGUUCAGUUCUGGGUUUUGUUCCUUGCAUUGCUUUUCAUCAUGACAGGAAUGAUAUGGUUUGUUGCAAUUGUGUACGAUCAGCCAUUCAUGACCAAGUUACAUGUGUUUGAAAUCGUAAUUUCGGUUUUGUUGAAUGUAAUAGGAAAUAUUGCAUGGUGCUGUGUUGCUUAUGCUGCAGAUAAUGCAUGGACAUACUUUUGUUCUCCUUCAACUUAUUUUUACACAAUUAUCCCAAUUGUAUUAUACUUCUACACAUACUUUGACAAGAGGAAGAUCAGAAUUAUCGAAGAAAGUGAUGCUCCAAAGCCAUAA